GAGAUGAGCCUUUAGAAUUCUUAUCUGAAAUUUAGCCAUCUUUAGAUGAGGGAAAAAAAACAUAUAAAAUGAGGCUCAACAGCUGUCAGCUUGAGAGAUUGAUAUUGGCAACAUGCCGAAAAUCGAUGGAGAGUGGUUGAAUGUUGUUGGCAUGGCUAGUUAAACCACCUUGAAAGCACCGGGACCAAUCAAAAGAAGAAGAAUUACGAGGAGACGUUGACUAGUUCAAUAUGUAGCAGUCUGCAAUGGCCGAGAAAACCGAUGCAAGCAGGGACCUGCGAAUGCGACGCAGGGGGUCAGCCAAACAUAUCCACGCACCAUAUAUAUUCUAUUCAUGCAUAUAUAUGCACCUACUUCUCCUCCCCUCCUCUUCAAACUCUAUUCGCCUCCCGAAAAUGACUGAAUUUAGCAUUCUGGGCCUCGACCUCACUGAGCAUAUCCUCUCCUUCCUCCCAAUCCCGACCCUCCUCAGAGCCGCCUCCGUCUGCAAGUUCUGGCAUUCCAUCAUCUCGUCCCCUACCUUCUCCUCUCCUUCCGCACGGCCCCAUGCCUUAAGCCAGCCAUGGUUCUUCCUCUACGGCCUCCACAACACCUCCUCUAAGAACCACCAGUCCUUCGCCUUCGACCCUCUUUCCAACCUCUGGUUCCGCCUCCCUUCCUCCUCCGCCUUCCCUAUCCCUUCUCCCACCUCCUCCUCCUUAAUCGGCUCCCAAGGCUUUCUCUUCACCACUGCCCCCUUCUCCUUCUCCCCCAUCCUCCACCGCUUCUCCUACAUCUUCACCACCUCCCCUCUCAACUACUCCCGCGUCAACCCCCUCCUCGGCGUCUUCCAGUCAAAUUCCGACAAACCCACAUUCAUUGUUGUCGGGGGUGUCAGGUUUAUCGGUAACCUCGUUGACAUCGAGGACCGUUUGGCCGUUGAGAUAUACGAUCCUCAUCUGGAUUCCUGGGAGAUUUGUCCCCCCUUGCCCCCCGAUUUCAGCUCCGGUAACUCCUCCUCAUCCUUGUCCUCGGCCUUGUUCGGAGGCAAGUUCUACGUGCUUGGUAUCUAUUCUUGUUUCGUUUCGUCCUUCGAUUUGGAAAAACAUAUCUGGAGCGACGUCCAGACGCUACGUCCUCCUGGGGUUAAUAUCUCCUUCUUGCUCUCGUGCCGGGACCGGCUUGUUCUAGCCGGAAUAUGUAAUUCGCCACUUGGGUCGUCGUUUAAUCUGUGGAGGAUUGACGAGAACACCAUGGAGUUUAGCGAGAUUGCGAUCAUGCCUCAGGAUUUGCUUUACAGCUUGUUUGAUAGUGACGAGGAUGAUAAAUUUGCGAGCUUGAAAUGCGUUGGGUUGGGUGAUCUUGUCUAUGUUUUUAACGAAGAGUACCAUAAGAGAUACCCAGCUUGUGUUUGUGAGAUUAGUAGUGAGUCUGGCAAGUGUAAGUGGAGGAGAGUGCCUCCAUUGCCUUCACCUGUUAAUAAGUUUCACAAGGUCAUUAGCUUCUGCUCCACCGUCUCGCUGCAUAAUAUGCUUCGGGUUGGAGAGGAAGUGAUCGGUGAGAUAAUGGAUUUGCAAGAUUCAAAUACUUUGAUAAGGGAUAGAUGAUGUCUUAGUCAAAACAAAUAUGUAAUGCAGCUGGAGCUGGGUCAUUUAAUCUGCUACCACCUGCAUUUUGUUGUCAUUCAUUCAGCAUUCCUAAUAGAUACUCAUCGUUUACAGAGAAGGAAAUCGGACCGAAGCAGGUGUUCAGACUGGUGCUUUUGUUUAAUUGUACUGGCCUCUGUAUAACUACAAUUACCAUAGCAAUUGUAACGUAAUUAGUCUCUGAUGAUCUGGGUUGAAAUUUUUUAUGCAAUGAAGUUAACUGUACAGUCUCAAUACAUUCUGUAAACCUUUUUAUUUUUGGCAAAAUCAGUAGUUUCCAAUCUAUUUUUGUUGAUUCAAUUAGUCCCUCAUGAGGCAUGCUUGGCUGUGUUUCUACUUUGAAUCGGCCUGUAAAUCUGUGCACAAAGUGGCCCAUCAUGUGCCAUCUUUUUUUAAGCUUUCCUUUCUGGUAAUUCCGAUUGAAUAUAUCUUCUAGAAUCAUAUUUUUCAAAUGCA